AUGAUCCCCCGGUUCCUCCGGCUCGUCCUCGUCCUACUCUGCUUGGCCACCUCCUCUUUCAGGUUGCUUGCCUCCGGACAAUGCCUCCCCGGCCAGAGCGCCGCGCUUCUCGCUCUGAAGCAGAGAUUCACCCUCUCCGCCCCCCGCAACGGCAUUUCUCCCCCUCUUCAUUCCUGGAAAGAGGGAACGGACUGUUGCCGCGCCUGGGCCGGCGUCACCUGCGAAGGGGAGCCGGCUAAGGUCGUCGCACUGGACCUCAGCGGAUCAUCCAUCUCGGGUGGCGUUCACCCGGCCCUCUUCUCUCUUACCUCCCUCCGCUCUCUCAACCUUUCCUGUAACAGACUGAAUUUCGAUUCCGUACUUUCCCGCAGCUUCGAGCAGCUGACCAACCUGACCCAUCUCAACCUCUCCGAUUCGGGCUUCUCCGGCCAGAUCCCCGUCGGUAUAUCCCGCCUGAGGACCCUAGUCUCGCUCGAUCUCUCCGCCCCUGGUCUGUGUUCGUCAUCUUCUCUGACGCUCCAGGAUCCCGAUCUCCCCACACUAAUCCGAAACCUCUCCAACCUGCGUCAACUCUACCUCGAUGGAGUCAACAUCUCCGCCGGAGGACGCGAUUGGGGCCGGGCGUUGUCUACCUCCGUGCCCAACCUCCACGAGCUCAGCCUGUCCAGGUGUUCGCUCUCCGGCCCCAUCGACGACUCAUUCUCCCACCUCAAAUCCCUUGCCAUCCUCCGCCUGCAUGAGAACAACUUGAGCACCGAGGUGCCCGAGUUCUUGGGAGAUUUCUCUUCGUUAAGACUUCUCCGUUUAAGCACCUGCGGCCUCCGCGGAUCGCUCCCGAGAAGAAUUUUCCAGCUCCCCCACCUUGAGACGCUCGACCUGUCUAUGAAUCCCACGCUAUCUGGGAGUUUACCCGACUUUCCGCCCGGCAUCGUUCUGGAAGAACUGAAGCUGUCCGCCACAAACUUCUCCGGCACUCUGCCGGAGUCCACCGGCAACAUCCGGCUUCUGAAAACCUUGCAACUUACCGCUUGUAGGUUCUCCGGGUCACUGCCCGCUUCAUUUCACAAUCUGACGCGGUUGGUCUCCGUCGAUCUCUCAAUCAAUAACUUCAGUGGCCCCGUCCCUUCAUUCGCGUCGUCCCCCAACAUCUCGAAGAUCGAUCUCCAGAACAAUUCUCUCUCCGGACCAUUUCCUGGAUGGAUCUUCAGUCUCCCAUCUCUCCAGUCCCUGCAACUCAACUUGAAUCGACUCUCUGGAACCCUCGGUGAGAUCCUCCCCCCCGCAGACUCUCUGCUGGAGACUGUGGAUCUGACGAGCAACGAGCUUCAGGGGUCCCUUCCGAUGUCCAUCUCGAGGCUGCAGCACCUCAAGAUCCUCAGGCUCGCUUCCAACAACCUGAGCGGAACGGUGGAGCUCAGCCUCUUCGGGAACCUAAGGAAUCUCUCCAUUCUCGAUCUUUCCUACAAUCGCCUUAUCGUCCAGAGCAACCCAGCCGCCGCCUUCCCGAGCAUCAGCACCCUGAACGUAGCUUUUUGCGGUCUCGAGGUGUUCCCGUCGCUCCUAAGAAACCUACCGAGAUUGACCAGGCUCGACCUGUCCGGCAACAACAUCAGUGGUUCUAUCCCCGACUGGCUGUGGAGCGUGGGCUCCCUCGUCUACCUGAAUCUUUCUCACAACUCCCUGACGAACUUCCAGAGUUUGCCGGAUUUUUCCAACAGCUCCUUGAUAGUGCUCGAUCUCCACUCCAAUAACCUGGCAGGCCCGAUCCCUCGCCCACCGCCGUCGAACGUGAUGGUCGAUUUCUCCAACAACCAAUUUGCCUCCUCCAUUCCUUCCGACAUUGGCUCGACCCUCAACUUCUCUAUCUUCUUCUCCGUCUCCAACAACAGGCUCACGGGGGGGAUCCCUGAAUCCGUCUGCAGCGGCGUCUAUCUUCAGGUCCUCGACCUCUCUCACAACAGCCUUGAGGGGCCAAUCCCCGGCUGCCUCGUCGCCGGAGAAAUUAACCUCCGUGUACUGAAUCUUCGAAGCAACAAGCUCAACGGAACCCUUCCUCGGACAUUUGAAGCUGGAUGCAAGCUGCGGAGCCUCAAUCUCCACGGGAACAUCCUGCAAGGAGCUGUUCCGCAAUCCCUGUCCAGCUGCGAGAGUCUGGAAGUUCUGGACCUGGGAAACAAUCGGAUCGAGGACGCUUUCCCCUUCUGGCUGGGGAAUCUCUCUAAUCUGCGCGUCCUUGGUCUGAGAUCUAAUAAGUUCUACGGACCAGUGUGGACGCCUCGGGAUGGCAAAUACACCUUCUCCAUGCUGCAGAUCAUAGACAUCUCCUCCAACCGCUUCAAUGGCAGCCUGCCGUCGGAAUGCUUCCAGGGUUGGAAGGCAAUGACCACCGCCAGCGAGCUUGCCGGGAAGAAGACGGUGGUGGCGUUCAAAUUCCUCGAUCUCACCCGCUUGUACUAUGUGGACACGGUGACCGUCACGAGCAAGGGGCUGGAGCUGACGUUGGUGAAGAUCCUCACCAUCUUCACCUCCAUCGAUCUGUCCAACAACGACUUCCACGGCAGCAUUCCGCCGGCGGUGGGGGAGCUGAAGGCGCUCCGCGUCCUCAACAUGUCGCACAACCGAUUGACCGGUCCUAUCCCCCCAAGCAUCAGUGACUUGACGAUGCUCGAGUCAUUAGAUCUCUCGAAGAACAGGCUUUCCGGGGAGAUCCCUCCGGGACUGGUGCACCUAUCCUUCCUCUCCACUUUAUAUCUCCGAUACAACCGGCUCGUCGGACGGAUUCCGCAGGGAGGACAGUUCCUGACGUUUCCACGAGCUUCCUUCGAAGGCAACGAAGGACUGUGCGGGCCACAGCUGUUGAGGCCUUGCACGGACGCCACUGUUGCAGGAUAUGAUAUCGGAGGUCGAGCUUCCAACUCCACGGUGGACUACAGCUGGGUAUUCAUAUUCGUCGGGCUAGGCUACGGAGGAGGGCUGGCUCUGGUAUUCGGCCCCUUCGUACUCUGGGGUGAAGGUCGGCGAUGGUAUAACCAGCACGUCGACAGAAAGCUCUUGGCCAUCCUUCCUUCUGCGCUUCUUCUGCUCUUCGACUUCUGCAAGGAUGCGAAGGUCGAUUCGGCGGAGAGCUUAGAAGAGGACCCCUUCGUAGAGUGGGAUGAAGGCCGUCAGAGGCGCUUCUGCGUCUUCUGCACCCGGCUGGAGUUCAGGGGGGAGAAGGUCGCCAUCCACCAUGACCGGUGCUGGUGUACGUUGAAAGAGAUUUAG